AUGCUUAACGGGGAAGAAGUCGCUGUCGGCAACAGUUAUCUCGUGAGAGGAAGAAGGGGCCGUUGGCGUAGUGCCACGGUGCUUGACAAACGCGAGCAAAAGAACGGAGGCAUUGAAUGCUAUGUGCACUUCGAUGGCGAUGACAGAAGACUGGAUCAAUGGGUGGAGCUAGCAAAAGUGAAGCCUCGUUCGCAGAGAUUCAAACACAUGCUGCCAAUUUGUGAAAGUAGAGAAAAAAGGGUUCGCAAAACUAAGGAAAGCUCGCCUAACAGUCUUGUGAUUGAUUACUCGGAUGUCCUCGAAGAAGAACAUAAAGAGGUGACAAAAGUGAAAUAUAUUGAAGUGGUUCGAUUUGGAGAAUUUGAAAUUGACACUUGGUACGUCUCUCCAUAUCCUGAUGAAUAUGGAAAGGAAAAAUACUUGCACAUAUGUGAAUGCUGCUUCCUAUAUAUGAAACAAGAAAGGGCAUUCAAAAUGCAUCUGAGUUCCUGUAACAUGCGCCAUCCUCCAGGAAAGGAGCUAUAUCAUGACAAUAAUGAAAAUAUUGCUGUUUAUGAAAUUGACGGUGAGAAGGAAAAGCUGUACUGUCAAUGUUUGUGCUUGUUCUCGAAGUUAUUUAUGGAUCACAAAACCAUAUACUUCGGGGUGUCGAACUUCUUGUUCUACGUUCUUUGCGAGGUAAAUGAAUCUGGUGAUGCCCGCCCUGUUGGAUAUUUUUCUAAAGAGCGGACGUGUGCUGAUGGUCUCAAUUUAAGCUGCAUUCUGGUGUUUCCACCUUUUCAAAGGCAUGGUUAUGGAUGUUUUUUGAUCCAACUCAGUUAUGAAUUGUCACGACGUGAAAACAUCCAAGGCACACCAGAAAAACCAUUAUCUGAUCUUGGGCUUGCUAGCUAUAGACAUUACUGGGCAUAUAGGAUUGUUGAUCACCUUUCUGGUUUAAUGGACACCUCGUGGAUUCGCGUCUCCGAACUGGCAGCGAUACUUGGCAUGCAAGUUGAUGAUGUUAUGGACACCUUGGAAUGGCUACAACUCUAUGAACCUUCAUUGAUAGCGCAGACACCCGAGAAUCUGGAACCAUGGAUCUUUGUCUAUAUCAAGAAACUAGAACUGUUGAGUAAAACAGUUGCAAGGCCUCCACGUUUGGCGUUAAACGCACGAAUGCUCCACUGGCGUCCUAAGAAGGAUUAA